AUGUUUAUGCCAGCAUCCAGUGAUUUCGAAACUUUUCCCGAUGAGCGAUCAGGGGAGGUGUCGCAACCUGACCUUGACGUGCACAUGGGCGAAGUGUCGCAGCCUGUCCUCAACGUAGGUGUGGGCGAGCCUCUACUGCAAGAGCAUCCACCUGCAGAGAGCGCUCAGGUCGAAGUGGGAAAGGGCGGUGAGGAGAUGACAGACGAACGGGGGGGAGAUGGGGCACAGGCUCCUGGGCAGAAGAAGAGGGGCCGUCCCAAGGCUAACGUUGCACCAUCGACGAGAGUACUGCGGGGGCGCUCUCAAGGCAACCCGGACACUGAUGCCACGGCGAUGGUGGAUGUGGGGAGCGUCCCUCCACCCAAGAAGAGGAAAAGCGUCGCAGACGGGGCGUUGAGCGGUGGGAGUGGUGCUACUCAGGGCAUGGAGACCCAUGAGACAGAGAUUGGAGGGACGGAGACCCAGGGGACAGGCAACUAUGAGGCCAUGGGUGGUACUUCCCGGCGUGGCGUCUUCAUACCAUCAACCCCUACGGUCCCUCUCCAGUACUGCAUCUCUGCACCACCUAUCCCCUCCUUCGCACAUCGUGAUCCCAUCGACCUCCUCGCCAUCGUUGGCUCCAAGGUUACCGCUGUCAUCAAAAGACUGCAAGCUAUCUUCGAUCGCAAGGAUCAGUUGCUCGACAUCCCCCACGAUCAUCGGCUCGCCCUUCAGCGUAUCGGCGACAGGCUUGAGUGGAUCCUCGACAACAUUGAGAACGGUACCUCGUAG